AUGAACCCUGCAACUUCAAUACAUAACUUUCUUGAUAAACGUCAUAGUAUAACAUUUACAUUAGCAUGGUCUACCUUUUUCAUUUGUUUAUCAGCACUACAAUUUGGUUAUCAUCUUGCAGAAUUAAAUGCCCCUGGAGAAAUUCUAUCAUGUAAUUUUAAAAAACCUGGUCCAUUACCAAGUUAUGAUGAUACUAUUUGGUCUCAUUUAAAUUUUCGUCAAUGUAUUAAAAUGCCAGACUAUGGAGUUGCUUUAGUUACUACAAUGUUUACUAUUGGAGGACUUUUAGCAUCAAUAGUCUUGGGAUUUACUUCUGUAUGUUCUAUUUAUGGUAGAAAACAAUUAUGUACAGUUGCUGCAUUAUUUUACUUUCUUGGUUCAUCGUUAAUGAGUUUUAGUCAAACAAAUUGGCAAAUCAAUUUAGGUAGAUUGUUAAGUGGUGUUGGUGCAGGAAGUUCAUUAAUCAUGUCACCCAUUUUAAUUAAUGAAUUAGCGCCUCAUAAUCAUAGAGGAUUAUUGGGAUCGUUGAUGCAAUUUGCAGUUUCCUUGGGAAUUUUACUUGCACAGGUAGUUUCGUAUUUUUACUCCGAUGAUCAACAAUGGAGAAUUAUAUUUAUUGUUGCUGGAUGUUUAGGGUUAAUUCAAUUCUUGGGAUUAUUUACUGUUCCCGAAUCACCAAAAUGGUUGAUUAUGAAAUAUAGUGAUGUACAGCAAGCUACUUUGAUUCUAGAAAGUUUAAGAACAGACCACACUACAGUCGAGUUUGAAAUUCAACAUUGGAAACAUCUUUUAACAAACAAUUUAGUACAGCAAGAUGAGGAACAAACUGAAACUAGUCUGUUAUUGUCUCACGAAUCACAAUCUUCGUUUGAUCCACCACUGAUAUCUACCUGGAAAUUUCUCAGUGACUUGAAGUAUCGUAAUCAAUUAAUUGCUGUUGUGUUGAUCAUGACAGGUCAACAAUGGUCAGGAGUCAACACAAUAACCUACUAUGGUGUCCAAGUUCUUAAUGGGAUAUUCAACAACCCUGAUGGAAAUAUGGUUUUGUUCCUAAGUUGUUUGAUUUCUACUGUAAACGUACUUGUGUCUGUCGGUGUUGCACCAUUGAUUGAUAAGUGGGGUAGAAAACCAUUGUUGAUGUCCAGUGUGGUAAUCUGUGGAGUUAGUGCUCUUUCAUUGGCUAUUGGUAUUCCAACUAAAAAUGAUGCUGUUGUCGUUACGGCAUUUUUCUCCUUUAUAAUAGGGUUUGGUAUUGGACUUGGUCCUAUUCCAUUCCUAAUGAUUAGUGAAUUCACAGGUCAUGACGUAGUGACAAUUGCUCAAUCUUUUGGUACCGUUAUGAAUUGGUGUUCAAACAUGUCGGUAGCUAUGUUUUUUCCAAUAUUGACAAAGUUAUUAGGGGGUGGAUUGGUAUUUUCGGUAUUUGCGAUUAAUUGUUUACUUUAUGGCAUUGGGUUUUAUUAUAAUAUUCCCGAGACUAAAGGAUUUAAUCACUCAAACGACGUGUGGGAAAAUUUCAAAUAA